AUGCAGUCAGUCAGUAACUGUCCCAUCGGGUUAGUUUCAAAAAAUACAAUUAAUUCAGCCUCCAACAUUGCAGAGUGGGUAGCAUGUCCAUGGAAAUAUAUUAACGUUGUUGGUUCAGGUAGAUACGUGAGCAAUAAGCCUGAUAAAAUCACCAGGUAUGAUUUGCUCAAAGCUGCACAGGAGGCAGAAAUGCAGGAGUUGCUUACGGGAAGUGGUUUGAAAAGUAGACAUAAACGUAAAAAGAGGAGUAAGGUGGCAUUGGAGACUAUAGCUGAAGAAAACUCUUCAAGUGAAAGCCUCUUUUAA